UGUGAUUCCUAGCUCAUGGAGCCAUUGGAGUUUGCAUCUGUGGCAACACUGUCGUCUGAAAACAGCAAUGCGUCCCUGCCAUUCAAUCUAUCAGAGUCUCCAGAAUGGGUGAUCAUCCGCACCAUCAUUCCGCCAUAUGUCUUCAUCUUAUCUUUGUUAGGCCUUCUCUUUAACAGCUUCGUCCUUGCGGUGUUUGUAGCCCACAAGGAUAGACUGACUGUAGCAGAGAUCUACCUGAGCAACCUGGUGCUGGCUGACUUUAUCCUCCUAUGUGGACUGCCUUUCUGGGCAAUGAACAUCCUCAAUGACUUUCAGUGGCCAUAUGGAGACGCCUUAUGCAAAACUGUCAACUCCAUCACCGUCAUCAAUUUCUACACCAGCAUCUACACCCUGGUCAUGAUUAGCAUUGACCGUUACUUAGCACUUGUGAAGACCAUGCAGGCCAGGUGGCUGAGACGAACACUUUAUGCUAAAGUCAUCUGCUUCAUCCUGUGGAUAUUAGGGCUGUUACUGAGCACCCCAGUCAUUGUUCACAGAAAAGUGACAUACAUCAAGGAGCUCAGCACAAUGUCCUGUAUACUGGAUUACAAUCAUGGCAGCUCUUGGAAAGUGGCCCAUCAGAUUGUGAUGAAUGUGGUGGGCUUUGUGCUCCCUGUUCUUGUCAUUGUUUUCAGCACUGGAAAAAUAAUCAAGGCUUUAGUCCAGAGGAGGGAGAGUGUGGGUUUUCAUGAUACUAAUGACAAAAAGGCCACA